AUGGCAGUUUCACAGGGAAACAAUUAUCGAAGGGAAGGCAAGCAGUGGUAUUUGGGGUCUAAUGUGUGCUUGCUGUUUGGUUUGCUCUUUCUGUCGAUGAUUACUCAAACAGAAGGUACUGUGUGUAGUUACUGUGGUAAAGAUUUUGUUGUCUUAGGUCGACACGUUUGGCGCUGUAAAGCACGCGUGACCAGUGAUGCGUUCACUGCUUCGCCUAGAACAGCCUCUGAUACUGGCCAGGAACGAUCGAACAGCGUUGUCUUUCCUGAACUAUCAUUUGCUAGCUUGAAUAACGAACACGAUCAGGAGGCUUUUGCAGCUGAUCAUCACCUAGAAACCGACGAUCACGAUCUGCUACAUGCCGAAUGCCAUUGUGGUAAAAAAUGCAAAAGUUUUAAAGGCCUUCAAGCGCAUCGUAAACACUGUCCCAUUAAUGCUAAUGUAAAUUUAAACCUGCUGUUUGCACAAGACUCUGAUCCACCGAUGCCACCAGGGCAAGCACGUGCAGUAGAUUCAGUUGAGAAUGAAGAGACGCAAUGUCUAGAUAAUUCAUUUCAGAGAAUACCCGUUAAACCAGGCUUAAAGUUACCAAAAACACCGAUCGGUUGGGAUAAUGCUAAUGGUAUUUUAGAGCAAAUUUGA